CUGUAACAUCCUGAGAUAUAGAGAGGAUGGCAAGUUCAUUUUUGAGCCCUGCAUUAGUACUUUUAUUCAUUCUUCUUAGUUUCUCGGCCAACAAAACCUUAAGCACAACAAUGCUUGCCAGUAAAACAAACACAGAGUACAUAAAAAUUGCAUGUGAUGCAACAAUGUAUCCCAAAUUGUGCUACCACUCCCUUACAAUCUACGCAAACAAAAUCAAAACCAACCCUAAAGAAUUAGCAACUACUGCCCUCAACAUAACCCUCAAAGCCACGAAAUCAACAUCAAGGAUGAUGAUCAAGAUGUCUAAAAUUCCAGGGUUGAUGCCUAAAGAGGCAGUAGAAGCAAUGACAGAUUGCAUAGAGGUGAUAAAUGAUUCGGUAGAUGAGCUCCAACAGUCUAUAGAGGAAAUGGGUGAUAUUAAAAGCUCAAAUUUUGGGGUGAUAAUGAGUGAUAUUCAAACAUGGGUAAGUGCAGCAUUAACGGAUGAGGAUACUUGUAUGGAUGGACUUAAAGGUAAGCCAAUGAACACAAAUGUGAAGACCAUGCUCCGGAGACACGUUGUUAAAGUUUCUCAUUUGACGAGCAAUGCCUUGGCUCUAGUAAAUACUUAUGCCUCUACCAACCCAGCAUCGCCAUAGUCAUUUAACAACCAACCUUCUUCUUCUUACCGUGAUGCCUGGAUUCGUCAAU